AUGUCCUUCAUAUUUGAUUGGAUUUACAGUGGUUUCAGUAGUGUAUUACAGUUUUUAGGACUGUACAAGAAAUCGGGCAAACUGGUAUUUCUUGGACUGGACAAUGCUGGAAAAACGACACUGCUGCACAUGCUCAAAGAUGACAGACUGGGACAACACGUCCCCACGUUACACCCCAGUACGGAAGAGCUGACAAUUGCUGGCAUGACUUUCACCACCUUCGAUCUGGGGGGACACGCUCAAGCUCGCAGAGUGUGGAAAAACUACCUGCCUGCGAUUAAUGGCAUUGUGUUCUUGGUGGACUGUGCAGAUCAUGAAAGAUUGCUUGAAUCAAAAGAAGAACUUGAUUCACUAAUGACAGAUGAAACUAUUGCUAAUGUGCCUAUCCUAAUUCUUGGUAACAAGAUAGACAGACCUGAAGCAAUCAGUGAAGAGAGGUUACGAGAGAUGUUUGGUCUGUAUGGUCAGACAACAGGAAAGGGCAGUAUACCACUGAAAGAGCUGAACGCGAGGCCGCUGGAAGUGUUCAUGUGCAGCGUGCUGAAGAGGCAAGGCUAUGGAGAAGGCUUCCGCUGGAUGGCCCAGUACAUUGAUUAAUGCCAAAAUCGCACCAGUACAUUCUGUCCCAUGUCUGAAUAUUAAGUCUGCUCCUUAUUUGAUCACUCAGUGUAUGUAACUUGAAUUCGUCUGACUGUUGAGUUAUUAAAAAAAAAAACACAAACAACCCAAACCCACAUUUUUAGCUAAUUAUAUCAUGUACGCUAAAGUGUAAGUGUGAGAAUUGACAAAUUAUUUCGAGCAAGUUUGUAAGUUUAAGUACCACAACUUGUGAGCUUUCUAAUCCCGUGCGACAUUCUUUUGCAGCUUUUAAUUUAACAAGUCUCCGGCACCGCUUUUGGUCAGAGCAACUUUCCAGUACAGUAUGUUUAAAUGCACUUUUUAACAGCUAAAAAAACUACAAACAUGUGAAAAGUAUUUAAAGCUUAUGUUAAAUUUUUUAUGUACUUUUUUGAAACUGGUUUUAUAACUUUAGAGUAUAUAACCAUCUUUCAAGGAAUAAUAAAUAAUUAGCUGAUGGAUAAUUGCAUGAUGCCUUACGGUUUUCAAUAAUAUACUUUCUUAUGCAACGUCAUGCAAUAAAUUUAAAUUCAGUUUUUGGCAACUUUAA